AUGGGCAAAACUUCCUGUAGACACUACUAGGAUUGUAAUUCUUGGCUAGGGAUUGAGAUGCUUUUGCAUGGAAAUUGAACGAAAGAGAAAAAGAAAUGAAUUAAACACAAGUGUAAAAUAUUUCUCGAAUAAAAAAUCGUUCAAUACUAGUGCAUAAAAUAGAACAUGAGCAAGCUAGUUAGCUGUCCCAAAUUCCAUUACACAGUUUCUUUGCAGCCUCAUAAAACUCUUCCUUGGUCAUUUCGUUCAUAAAAACGAUUCGAAUGGCGUAAGUCGUCACAAUCAUAGAAUCAAGCACUAGAUUCCUUUCUUGGAUGACUCGCAUCAUAAAACACACGAGAUCUGUAACUGGGAAUGGCCUCGCUGCCCGGUAGCAACACCCGACGGUAUCUAUAUGCUGAGAUUUAAUGAUGAUGUCCACCGCUGGAGGACCAGAGUAUUCUGCGUGGUCCUCAGAGCUGCAAAUGCUGCCCGUCUUGGGAUCGUAAUAUUUAUUGUCAACGACAGGAGUCUUAGCGUCGCCGUGCCAGCCUGGCGCGAAGAUCUGUUUCGGGUGUUGAAGCUGGCACUGUUCAUCAGACAUUAUGUCUUUGUUUAAUUUUUCAAAGCAAAAUAUUUAUAUUAGAAAGACAAUAGUGAUGGUGAUUUUUGUAGCGAUGGAAUAGUAGUGUUGUGCGAUUGUUUUUAAUGAAAAUGUGGUGAUGUAAGUCUUCAAGUUCAUCGUGUAAAUGGGCAAGUAUUUAUAGGUAGUAAUAAAAACCCACUAUAACAACGCUAGUGUAGAAAUGUUGAUUGUAGAUUCGGGCUCUUGACCGCUGCUGCUGCCUGUCCAACGAGGCUGAGCCUGGUCCGUGGUUGGGCUUCGUCGCGGUUCACGGUAGCUGCCGCAAACUCAUCAUUCAACGCACUAUCUGUACAAUUAUGGCCGCUCAGAAGAUGAUACAACUGCAUCUCGGUGCUUCUCAGGGCAUCCUAACCGUUGUCAAACCCAUCCACGAGAUAUACUUAACAUCUCCGAGCAGGCUAGCGCAAAUCACGCCACCCCAAAAGGCUUACAUCUCCAUGCUACCACACGAGCUCUUAUUCGCCAUUAUUGAAGCUGCUGAUAGUUUUGUGGCUUGGGAACGGAUAAGAAUGCUCUCGUAUAGCCUUGUCAGCAGGGCAUUUCACGGUAUCGCCACCGAGUUGCUGUAUCGCAAAGUAGAGCUUAGGUUUAUGCAAACCUCGAAAUCAACAGCGCUUCUGUAUAGAAGCCUCAUGGCCAAUCAAAACCUUGGCCGUCACAUCCGUCAGAUCGACGCUGGGUUCGAAUUCGUGAGGGAUGCCCAAGAAGCUAAGAGAAUGGUUGGAGAAGCAAUUGAAAUAUUAGCUAGCUUUAUGGAACUCGCGCCUCUGACGCAAAGCGUCACAGUCCACCCAGGACUCGUAGACAGAAUUCACGCCGAACUACCAACUAUUAUCAAAUUGGCACCAGUAAAGUUACCAAACCUUCAACAGUACUACCUCCGCGGAUGUCUCGGCAGUUAUAUACACUCAAUCGAUUGUUUUGAAGUCCUGACGCGAGCAACAAGGCUCGAGACGUUGAAUAUAUCCGCAGAUAUGUACUACACGGGCCAACGACCGGCGCUUCCCGAUCUUCUAGAGCGUGCUGCAUCAUUCACAACGCUUCAUAUUUAUGACUGCUAUGACGGAUUAGAAGCUGCGGCACAGCUCAUUCGUUGGCCACAAGCCUUGAGACACGUUAAGAUCGAGGCCCAAGCCGGAUAUGGAUAUAAAACAACUCUCAAUCAACUGUUUAACGCCUUAGCGAUUCACCACAGUUCACUUGAAACAAUUGACAUUGGAUAUAUGGAUGACAAGAUCGGACCAGGAAUUGAUUUAAGCCACUUUAUAGCUUUGCGGAAGCUUACCAUGUCUCGUUGGUCGUUUAGAGAUGCGCAGCUCGAAUCUUGCCCAUCUCUUGCGCGAGGUAUCCUAGCACCCGAGCUAAAAGAGUUUGUCUGGGAAUUCAACGUUAACGAACAAUCACAACCCUGGCCAAUGGCACUGAACGAAAGUUGUAUUGCUUGGAUUCAUAAAUUUGGUCAGUUCGCGGCAGAACAGCACGCUAAGCUCAACCGCAUCGUAAUUCGUUUUGAGCCUGAAUGGUAUGGUGACUGGGGGUCGUAUCCCUGGGAAGCACUCGGGCCGGUCAAGAGAGAUCUCGCGAGCUGUGGGAUCGAACUGCAUUUCGAAAGUUCAGUUGCCAGCAAGGAGGCGUACGAAAAAGUGGCACAAGGGCUUCGUGAUGAUGCGGCCAGAUGGGAGCAUUCCUUUCUUGACGGAAAUGACAUUCGAGAGUAUUUUGCAGUCAUCCCACACCAGCGGAUAGCCAUUAACUUGCACUGACGCCAGCGAUUUCCCAGUGACUGGUGAUUGGCUUACUGUAUUAGCACGCAAUGAGCCUUAUGAUCGGGAAGGAAUUGGAAGGGUUUGUUUGAAAGCGCUCUUAUUUUAAGAAUUAGCUUCUUUAAUAGUAUUAUCUGUGAAUGGAUACAAAGCAA